AUGGCGCCCACCUCGCUUCUUUUCCUCCUCGCUGCUACCGCGACGGCGAAUGCCUUCUCGGGCCCCGCGACAACGUACGGCGGCCCCGACGGCGUCGACGUCCAAGGCGGCAACUGCGGUCUCAUGGCGUCGGUCCCCAACGCCAAGGCCUUUCACGUCGCAAUCAACCACCAGCAGUGGGACUCGGGCCGCAACUGCGGCCGCUGCGUCCAAGUCACGUGCACGGACAAGCGCUGCAAGUCGCAUGCCAAGGUCAUUGGCCAACAAGUGACGGGCGACACGACCGACCGGUACUCGAUCUCGUGGUCGUUCGUCAACUGCCCGGUUGCUGGCAACAUUCAAGUGUGUGCGAAGGAAGGAAGCAACCAGUAUUGGCUCGCGGUGCAGGCCGGCAACACGCGCUCGGGCGUCGCGAGUAUGAGCAUCAACGGCAAGAAAAGCCCGCUCAUGAACGCAGAGUCCAACUACUUUUACGUCUCGACCACGUCCAACAUUCCGCUCAGCAAGACCCAAGUGAGCUUGACGUCCUUUAGCGGCCAAGUCGUCUCGGCCACCGUCAAUUUGACGCCGGGCAAGUGCACAGCGAUCCGUAGUCAGUUUACGCUGUAAUGCUGUAGGAACCUCCUAGCCCACAGGCGAUGAAUUCUCUUUCAAAAACAUGUCGUCUGUCAUCG